GAGUCAACCACUGCCGACGAUUCCGACACCAAACUUCUAAUGUGGGCUGAGCGUCGCUCCGGUCAUCCAUGGUCCCCGAGGUGACAGACACCAAUCCAAGUUCCUGUAAUUGCGCAGUCUGUUGAAAGAGACUUGAGCCGCAAAUUUUGCAAAACGACCUCUUCAUAGUCAGUCCGGAUACAGUUGCUCGCUCGUCGUAUGUCUGAAUAGAAUCGCGGCCACAGACAAUCUUGAAUUCCUAGAGACAAUUAGCCUCACGACCGGGAAUCAACGGGAAAGGGGCGUACGUUUUGCUUGUACCAGCAGUUGGCCAUGAACACCGAGCCGCUGAAUUGCUGACAGCUGUCGCAGUGACACACGGCACAUUUCACGGGUUUUCCGUGGAGUUCGUAUUUGACAGCCUCGCAGAGGCAGCUGCCCGUGUUCAAUACUGCCAUCUCGGUCAAUGUAGAGCAGGAAGAGACCGGAUCAUUGUUGACAGAACGUUGGAGUAUUUAUACGAAUGACGUAUUCUGCAGUCACUCGGGGAUCGACAGGGUCGUGGAGAUGUGGUAAGAAGACUUGGUAAGCAGCCAUCAGUCUAACCAGGUUUCCUGCAAUCCUGCAGGUUUAUUCACAAGGGCAAACGUCGCAUGACUGGCCAGCGGUCAGAGCCCUUGAUUAGAUUGUUCCACCUGUCACCUCCAGGGGAUUGAUUGCGAGUGCGGGGGAAGUGAUGGUGCUAGAGGCUGGGCACCGCCAGGGAAACUGCGACUCGCCCUCGACAAACUGCAACAUUGGCAGGUACCUCGGCCAGCCCAGCGAAGAAUGUGAAAAGCACAACCAGUUAUAACUGCCGCAGAGCUUCUCCAUCGACUCAAUUGACUUUGCCUUUGACCCGCAAGACCCCAUUCCCAUCGCCACGAUGCGCGCGACCCCCUUGCUGCCGCUGCUGUCACUGCUGACACUGCCUCUUGGCAUUGCGGGGGAUCCGUAUUACACCUUUGACGGCGAAGGCUUCCCUGCCUGCAACGACGUCGCCGCCGUCUAUCUUCCCUCGAGUGUAGGCGAGAUCCAGGCACUGGUCAACGAUGCCAUCGACGCCGGCCAAAAGGUGCGGGCCUCUGGCAAGGCCCACAUGUGGUAUGACACCAUGUGCUCCGACGACCCCAACACCGUCAUCAUCCGCACCGAGAAUGUGAAUGCGAUCUACGACCUCGACACUGAGGCUGAGACUGUCAUGAUUGAGGCCGGUGUCACUUUCCUCCAAUUUGCCGAGUGGCUGCACGAGAGAGGCUACAAUAGUGGCUUCACUCUGGUUAACUGGAACAUCACCCUGGCCGGCUGUGUCGCUAUGGGCGCCCAUCGCUCUUCGCUUCGUGAAGACUCUAUGGUGGCAGCAGGUGUUUUGUCGCUUGAUAUUGUUGAUGGCGAAGGUAACCUGCGCCACCUGGAGCGGGACGAUAGUGACGAAUGGCUGGCUGCAUCUACCUCUCUUGGACUCCUCGGAGUGAUUGUCCGGAUGAAGUUCAAGGUCUAUCCUGACUUUAAGGUCUACGCGGAUCAGAAAACCUUGGAUGAUGAUGAGGUCUUGAACGGGGAUAUCUAUGGCAUGAUUAGCCCUUAUGCCACGGCGAACUUCUGGUGGUGGCCGUACAAGAGAAAGUUCCACUGGAGAUACUACGACGUCGUGCCCACCGAGCUGAGCACCCAGGAAGGCUUCCAGAACACCUUCUCCGUCACCGGGAUUGAGGCCUUUGCCAUCAAGACUCUAUGGAACAGUGGUCGAUACCUCGCAACAUCCAACAUGCUGGCAGAGGAGAUUCUGUUUGGCCAGUGGGAGGCACCCAACUUCCGCGAGAAGACCACCAACCAAGAUAUUACCGAAUGGCCGGUCUAUGGCUGGUCCUACGACGUGCUGAUUGGAGGUUUAUAUCCUGACCAGCAGCCGGUGUGGGAGCAUGGACUCAACGGAUACACUCUCGAACUCGCAUUCCCCGUCACCAUGGCAAAUGCUGUGCUUAAACGCGUUCGUCAACUGUUUGACGAGGAGCUGAAGAAACUGAUUGUCAUGACCUCGACCUACCGCAGCGGAAUCAACAUCAAGUUUGGCCGGCCGUACUUUGACCUGCUCGGCCAGGUAACGUACAACACUUCAGACGGUGCCGACUGGAGCAAGGGUGCUAUCAUGUUCGACUUUCCCACCUUCAAGCCGACUGUCGGCGAUGGAUCCCGGUUCAACGAGCCAUUCUACGGCAAACUGGAACGGGCCUUGAUCAACGAGUUCCCCUGCCGUCCACACUGGACAAAGAAUACUCGUGAGGUGUUUGAACUGGCAACUAAGAACCUGGAUCCGGAUCACAUCGCCCGCUUCAAAGCUGUGCGAGAACAGUUCGACCCCAACGGAAUCUACCGCAGCGUAGUCGGAGAAAUCAUCGGGGUCUACUAGGAUUCAGCAUACCCCACCCCGCAGGUCCGCGCCGGUCCGAACCCCGAGUCAGCGCGUCUGAAGAUAGUUAUAGUAUGCAUGCUUAGUAAAGUUUGUCAUCAGGAAAUGCCGAUUAUGGAUCACGAACGACGUACCAU